AUGAUGAAGAAGCUGGAGGAAUUGCGACGGCAACGGCAGGAGUUGGAAAGGCUUGCCAUGUCGCCGAGCCCAACUGAAGACAAGGGCAGUGACUUCAAGGAGGCUGCCCUCAGCCCGGCCAACCUCAUGGGCCAGCGUAGUGGCAAGGAGGAGGCAGAUGCAAAUGCCAAGGAUCCGAUGCCGCAAGAGGACCAGGACUUGAUUCUGCUGGGAUGGGGAAAAACAACCCAGGUCAAGGUUGAGGAGCAGCAACCGGCCACGCCGGCCGCAAAGAAGGAUGCUCCAAAGGCUCCGGCUACUGAGGAGUACAACCAUCGAAAGGCCAGCAUGGCUUUGCUUCGCUUGCGGCGGAAUCCGAACCGCUUGAAAGAGCUGCCUGAAAGCCUCCGCGACCUCGUUGAGAAUGAUGAUGCGGGAGCUCGCAAGCUCCUGCAGCAACACGGAGGAAACCUGGACAGUAUGGUUCAGGAAGCCAAGCACAGCAUCGUGAAGGAGACUCAAGAGGUUGACAAGGAGACGACAGAUCAGUUGACGGAGUUUCAGGUGCUGCAGAUGUACGGCCCCGUCAAGGGAGCCGAAGUGAUCCGGGAGAAGACCGAACGAGGGGAAACGGUUGAGGACAAGAACCUGAAGGGGAACACCUUGUUCCUCAUCGCGAACGACAAGCUGGAGAUCAACAACAAGACGGCCAAGCGGCACGAGUGGAGCAGCGCCACGGGCAAUCAGACGGACAAGAACACGGCUUCCUCCUCGACAAAGUCCGCGGCUGCUCCUUCCCCGACAACUCCGGCCCCGGCCGAAGCUGCCGCCGUCGAGGUCGAGCCCAAGCCCAAGCCGAAGAACAAAGCGAAGCAACCCAAGGCCAUGGCAUGCACAACGCCUCUGGAAAGGGCAGAGAGCUUAAGCAACGAGGCGCUGAAGGCGAAGGGGGAGGCGAGCAAGCUGUCGACGCAGCUGAAAAGCCUGAACUACGCGAAGGACCUCGUCAAGGAGCUGGACACCUUCAUCGUGGGCUUCGACGAGCUGUACGUGGCGAUCGCAAAGCUCAUCCAAGCAAAGGUGAAUGAGGAGGCACCCUACCUUCCACACGUGAAGAAGUUCGUGGAGACGCAGAAGUCCUUCCAGCUCGCGAAGACCAGCGCUACCGCCAUGGCGAGAGGGGUCAAAACGAAGGCGUCCGCCAAAAAGGGUGCCAAGAAGACGACUGCUGGUGAGCAGGCUGCCUGA